AUGAGCUCUGAUCUGUAUAAACUUACAGCCACCGAGAUCUCGGCGAAGAUCAAAGCAGGCGAAACCUCAGUCGAAGAAUACGCAAAAUCACUCCUCGGUCGCAUCGAAGCUCGUGACGAAGCUGUUCAAGCAUGGGCAUACCUAGACCCUGAGUACGUUAUCAAGCAGGCGAAAGCACUUGAUGCCGUUCCACAGGCCGAGCGUGGUCCUCUCCAUGGUGUUGCCAUUGCCGUAAAAGAUGUCAUCUACACUAAGGAAAUGCCAACGCAGUUCAACUCACCCAUAUAUGCCAACGAUGCGCCACAAGUAGACGCUGGCUCCAUAGCGAUACUGCGCAAGAGCGGUGCACUCAUCUUCGGCAAAACAACCACGACCGAGUUUGCUGCGACAACAACAGGCCCAAAGACACGAAACCCGCACGACUCAAAACGCACGCCUGGAGGCUCUUCAUCCGGAUCUGGUGCCGCAGUAGGCGAUUUCCAAGCACCUAUCGGUCUAGGAACCCAAACCGGUGGCAGCACCAUCCGGCCUGGCUCGUACAAUGGCAUCUAUGCCCUCAAGCCCACAUGGAACUCAAUUACUCGCGAAGGCCAGAAGAUCUACUCUCUGAUUCUGGACACAUUGGGUCUUUACGCACGUAGCGUGGCUGAUCUAGAGCUCCUCGCCGAUACAUUCGCCAUCCACGACGAUGCGCCACCUCCAAAAGACUUCACAGUGAAAGGCGCAAAGUUUGCCCUUCUCAAAACAAUGGUCUGGCCGAACGUGGGCCCUGGCACCUCCGCCGCACUUGACAAAGCCGUCUCGCUACUUCGUGCGCAUGGAGCCGAGGUUGAGGAAAUAAGCUUACCAGAUGACCUUAACGAUCUUCCGGCGUGGCACGCGGCCGUACUCAACUCUGACGGCCGAACCGCGUUUCUGCCAGAAUACACAGUGGCCAAGGAUAAGAUCUCGGAACAGCUGGUCGGCCACGUUGAGAACAGCGGAAAGAUCUCGCGCAAAGCACAACUUGAAGCUUUCGACAAGAUUGCUGCAGCGAGGCCGGUUGUGGAUGAAAUACUCGGCAGAUAUGCUGCGGUACUUACACCAAGUGUGCCGGACGAGGCGCCGCUGGGUAUUGAGAAGACGGGGAGUGCGGCGUUUUGUUUGAUCUGGACGGCACUGCACACACCAGUAGUAAACGUUCCAGGUUUCAAGGGCGAGAACGGAAUGCCAAUCGGGGUGUCGCUUGUUGCGCCUCGCUACUACGAUAGACGGUUGCUCGCGGUCAGCAGCAAGGUCGGUGAAAUCUUCGAAGCGGAAGGUGGAUGGAAGCGUACCAUGACAUCACAACAGUUUAUCGAAGGCAAAGCAAAAGCCAGGGCGAACGCGAAAUUAGACCUGAAAAGUUCAGUUUCUAUAUACCUCAAAGCUAUAUACCUCAAGAAAUCCCGGUUUACACCAGAAUGGUUUUGUGCGAACUACUUCCUGUUAGAGGUACAAAAUCGGUCGUACUUUACACUUGAAGAAGUCAUGCUCAAGCUUAAAAGACAAAAGCAGAAUGGCAAAGUUGAAGAGCUCGAAAAAGCCCUCUCGCGCUACUCACAAGCUGCACAUCGCGAAAUCGUAGCCAGACUCUUUGUCUUGCCACGCGAACUUCGCGACAUGAUAUACGAUGAGCUCUGGGCCUUGGAUGCAUGCAAGGAAACACUCAUCGAUAGGCUUAUUGAUGCAGACGACAGGAAUGAUCAACGUAGAGCGCUCUGGAUUCAGCGUUAUGGGAAGUUGGACUACUUUCUCCCAAGCUUGGCCAAACAGUGGUUUGGGGGGAGGCAGGUGGCAACAGAGAUGCUGAAGGCUUUUGGGAAAAGAGAUGGGACCGAUAUAACUCACAACCCGUGCGGGUUUAAUUACGACGAGACUUACCACGUCUCGUGGAAAAAGUUAAACGACCUGACCACAGUAAAGACGUUUCACUCCGACGUCACGCUGUACGAGCUCCUGGGAAACAUGGCUCUAGUCAUCGUCUUCGACUGCAUGGACGAGAUCGACGGAAACGAGGGUCUAGAGCGUAUAGGCAUACCAGGAAACUUCAACGCAGAACUUCGCCGCUGCAUCAAUACGCUUUCCUCUCUGCGCAAUCAAAAGCCUCGCCCUGUCACCUUCAAAUUCGAGGAUCAAACGAGAGGCGUACCCAGCAACAUCACCCAUCUAUUUCGCUCGCUGAGUGGCCCUUUCCACGAACUCCGGCAGUUGGGAUUCGAUAUCAACAUCAGAUGUCAAACCGACGGCUACUUCCGCUAUGUAUGGGACAUGUCAGGAAGGUACAAUACUCACAGCCCUCACACGAACGAUGUCGAUAAGUGGACUCUGCGAGAUUGGAGCCUGAACUUCACGCGAGUGAACGAACAAUUCGAGGAAGCUCACUUGAUGGGCGAGACCUUCGUGUUUAAUCCAAAUGGGCCGCUUCGGGGGAGCUUUCGCAUCAAAAAGCAUGUAUGGGAGGCGAUGCGCAAGGAACUGUACCGCGCGUAUCCAGAAAUCGACAAUGUGGUGAAGUGGACGAAGAACGAGAAAGGUGAGAUAUGGAUGGACUGUGGAUGUGUGAAGGAGAAGCAUACUUGCUGCCCUUAUUAUCUGUGCUACAAGCACGGUGGAUGGGAUGAGAUAUCAGAUGGUAGGUGGAACACUUCUUGCUACAUUUGCAAAGGCCUGGUAGCGCCGGCGUUGUAG